AUGUCGGUUUUAGAAGCUGUUUUACAAACCCUCAAGACUUUGAGGUUUGAUAACUCAACGGCACCAGCAAAUUCUGCAGAAUCAGAAUAUGAAAAUCUUGAAACAUCUGAAAAGUUACGAGUAUUUCACACUUUACCCACACUAGCAGCUAGUUUGGGACCGGUGGAGACACGUGAAAAACUCAUACCUACAAUCUCAGAUGUCGUCGCUAAUGCUAUUGAUGCUGGCGAUGACGAAAUCCUCAUGGUCAUUGCUCAGAAGUUGGGAUCUUUUGGCGAUUUUGUUGGUGGUGCUGAACACAUAACUUUGAUUGUUCCUAUUUUGGCGAAGAUUAUAUAUUCAAUUGAGGAAGUUGUUGUCGCUGAAGCUGCAUGCAACUCUCUCAUAGCACUUUUGCCAAAGCUUCCAAAUGAUGUUGUUGACACGACAUUUACUCCAAUUAUUCGCCACAUUAUUGAAGAGGACCUGUACUGUGCUUCAAGGAAGGUAGUGACAAAGAUAAUUAUCGCAUGUUAUCCUAUGGUUUCUGCGAGAAAUCAAGUCGACUUUAAGUAUCGACUUUUUCACUUAGCGGAUAGCGAGGAUGAAGUUCCUCUGGUUCGUGCUGCAGCUGUUCAACAACUUGUUCCUCUUGCUAAACUUUUUGGUCCUGAUUUGAAAUCAGAACUAGGCCUGUUAAUUGCAAGCUUAGUAUCAGAUAAUCAGCGUAUUGUUCGAGCAGCUUGUUUACCCCCAUUAGUAGAAUUGGGACGAAUGAUUACAGAUGCUGCCGAGUUUGAGUCUACCAUUCGACCGUGUAUUGAUAAACUUGCAGGAGAUCCUAGCAGAGAUGUUAGGAAAGCUAUGGCAUCAGUGAUUACUGAUCUUCAAACGUUGGUUUGUAAUCAUGGAGGAGUCAGUCGAUCGCUACAUCAGAUUAUGUUGAAUCUCUUAGAAGAUAAUGAAGUAGAAACGCGUAGAAUCUCUGCUGGUCAACUGAAAGAUUUUUGUCUUGCAAGUCCUAGAGAUAUUCUUGUGAAUACUUUACUGCCUCGGUUACGUGAACAUUUAUCUAUGGAACGAGAAGAACGUGUCCGUUCUGAGCUUGUACGAUGCGCUGUCGGUUUGUUACCGUCCAUCCGUAGAGAAGAUUGUCUUCCUCUUGUUCAGCAUAUUUUAGCAUUUUUGAAUGAUACAAGUUCUCAGUCUAAACAAUACGUUUUUGAGCAUUUCUCUGAAUUAGUGGCAUUAAUGCCUUCAAAUGAAAUCCAAUUGACACUGUUGCCAAGUUUACUUCGUCUUUGGCAAGACAAAAAUUGGCGUGUUCGUCUUGGUGUUGUUCAAUCUGUUCCUUGUUUAUACGAUAAACUGCCUGAAAGUUGUUUACAAGACACAGUUUUACCAGCCAAUCUUGCCUGGUUACGUGAUCCAGCUUGGUGUGUUCGUGAAUGUGCUUGUCGUAGUCUUGCGCGUUUGUUAGUUGCCUGUCCAAGCGCCUGUAAGAAAGCUUUCAAUGGUGUUGGCUCAAAAACAAGUACAAGUUCUGCUUCAGGCGGUUCAGCUGCUUCGAAUCCAGGCGGUGGUAGUAGUAGUGCCUCAUCGAAUACAAAUCCAUCUGGUGGUGGAAGUAAUGCAUCGAAUUCUUCUUCGUCUUCUUCGGGAAAUCCUUCUUCAGCAUCAGCGAAUGCUGCUCAAGCAACAGAUCAAGCGAAUGCAUCAGCUUCAUCGAAUGCAUCAACCAAUCCAGCAAAUGCUUUGACAUCACAAGCUGCUGCUGGUGGCCUCAAAGCCCUUGCAACUGAUCCCAAUUAUCAUCUUCGUCAGAUAUACAUAAAUGUAGUACAAGCUAUUUGGGGUCCUGGUAUCCUCGAUGAACCUCCUUACAGUGCACUAGGCGAUGAUCCGAGUGCAGGAAUUCUAUUCCCCGCUUCCCGUAAUAUCUAUGCCUACUUGUCGUCGAAAGCAUCAAAGCAUUCAUCGUUGUCCUCAUCUACUACUACUACAAAUUCAGAUAAUACUAAUACUAAUCAAAGUGUAAAUGUUCAAACUAUUCCUAAAGGUUGUCAACCACCACCUCAACAGAUACCAGCUGUUCAUUUAACUACAUGUGUAGCUCAAUUAUUACGUUUUUUGUCUGAAGAUGUUGUGCCAAAUGUACGAAUUUGUGCUACUCAAGCACUUCAAGUUAUAUCUGUUUCAUUGGAUAAAAAAACUAUCCAAAAUGAUGUUAUACCGGUUUUGAAAAGGGUCAUAGAUUAUGAUUUUGAUCAGGAUGUUCGCUUUUUUGCACAGGAAAGUUUAAAUUAUUUUACAGCUGCAGCAUGA